CAUGUGUUCAGCCACUAGUGGGCAGCAGUGAGCCUAUCCCGUUGUGGUGCAGCGCCAGGAUAAGGCGAAGAAGACGCCGCCAUUGAAAACACGGGAAGCUGGACGAAGUGAGAAUGGAGGAGGACGAGACGAUGAUGAGCAAAGAGGAACUCCGACAGUGGAUCAGAGCGAAGGUAAAAAAGAACGGGCUGCUCCCCCCAGACAUGCUGCAGAAACGCUACGAGCUGCAGUCGCUGCUGGAGAGGAGACAGACGAUGGACGCCAAUCUACUGAAGCUCCAAGAGUCUGUGGCAUCAUGUGAAGCGAUUGUGAGGAAACAGUACUCGUUGCUGGGAUGGGAGUACAGAGACACAGAUUCUGAUGAUGACGAGAGCAGCAGUGGUGGUAGUGGACAUAUUCCUCCAUCUCCCUGUGAGUCAGUUCAAUCUGGGACUCAAGCCCGUCUUUCUCCAGCUGUUACCGGCCAUAGUCCUCUGUUACCAAAGCAACGGGGCAGUAAGAAUCCGCAAAGAAGCAGAAAGCGUUUUCAAAUGAAGGAACCAGUGGUGGUCUUGACCAGACUGCCUGAAUGGCAGAUCCGUGAUUUACGUCCUCCAACACCUCCAAUGUCCACCAGUGAUGAUGAAAGCUUGAGCGAUUCAGAUUCUGAUGACCAAUGGGAACCAGAAAUAGAAUCCAGCGAUUCACAAUGUCAAAGUUAUAACUCUGGGUCAAAAAAGAGGAGGAAAAUUGAUCAAGUGUCCAAGAAAAAACAAGUGACAGGGCAUGAAAGGGACCAAGCCGACACUAAAACUGAUGCCGAUAGCGAUGCAGCAAAAACAUUGAAACCCCAAGCUAAGGAACCAGAGAAUACGGAACAUGAGCAAGGGGAGAAAACCCCAACCAAAGAAUCGUCACCGCCUGCAAACACCAAAGGAGUAAGCUCUGCGUGCGUAGUAACAGCAUUUUGCCAAUCUGAUGACAUCACUAAGGACCCUCCCAGUGUUCCCCAAGCAGAGCUCAGUGUGAACAUGAAAGUCCUGGCCAGGAGGAGGCCCAUGAUCUGGCAACCCGGCAAAAUCGCGGAAAUACAAACAAAGGAAGAUGGGAAGAUGAAAUACAAGGUUAACUUUGUAGAGAAGGGGAAGAGCCUCGUGUCUGCUCACCACAUCGCCUUGGAACAAGUGCCAAGUGUUGAGCAGCUGUUUGUCGGCGCUCGUGUGGUCAUCAAGUGUAAAGUUGACCAGAACUCCUACUCCCCUGGAGUCCUGGCAGAGCUGCCAAGCAGGAAAAACAAAAUGAGGUUCCUGGUCUUUAUUGACGAUCACACUCCGAUCUACGUUCCCUUACAUGGUAUUCACCUAGUGUGCCGACCAUUGUCCCACCCUCUGGACGAUAUUCCAGACGCGACCCACAAGAAUUUCAUGAAGGGCUAUUUGAAUAGCUGGCCAAACCCGCUGCUGACCCACUAUCCGCAGGGAGAGAUCGUCCAAGCGGAACACAACGGCGUCCAGAAGAAGUGUGAGGUGGUGAUGGUCGACAGCAGCUUGAUCCAUGUCCUUUUUCAGGAAGAUCAACACAAGGAGUGGAUCUACCGAGGCUCCAUGCGCUUGAAACACAUGAUUAAUAUGAGGAAGCAGUUGGAGUCGGAAAAGGUGACAAGUAAACAAUCUACCUCAUCCAACCAUAAAUGAACUUCUUCCUCUAAAACAAACCAGGCCGUAUUGGUCUCAUGUACGUUGCCUCACUGGACUCACAGGUGCUAAAGGUUCCUCACUGGCUGUAAUGUCCGGAAACUGUCAAACAUGAAGUGUUUUUGUAUUUAAUUUGUGUUUUUGUGUGUGUGUUUGUGUUUCUGCCUUAAUAAAAAUUGUUUUAUUUUAUUUAAGUUAAUUUGAUUGUUUUAAUGUUAUGAGGAAAGCAUCGGCUGUUUUACAUGUACAUGUACAUAAAAAACUGCGGAAGCUUAUUUUUACCAAGAAAUUAAAAUGUUGGAACAUAUCUUGUGUUAUGAAUUUAACAUUGUGACCUACUACGUAAAAAAACGAUCUGCCAAAAUGUUGAGUUUCUUUUUCUAAAUUAUUGAAAGACCAAACUUUUUACAGACAAGUAAAAUUCAAGACAGCUUAGGGGAAAAGUUGAUACAAAUUUUGCAUCACGUAAAAAGUAUUGACAGAUCCUCCAUCUUAAUCCUACCACUGCGUUUACAGUUUUACUUGUUUUUUUACUCUUUCUUUAUUUAAAUCUGCAAUAACUGUAUUUUUAUAUUUCAGUUUUAUUUGUUAUGUAAUCUUCAAAUUGCGUUUGUUUCCUAUUGUUUGCCUUCAAUUAUUUUAACUUGAAUAUCCCCUUAACCGUUUUGAAAUGUGCCAAAUAAACAGAGUAUUAUUAU